AAGGCUGGUGGGCAGAAUUUAAGAAAUAGGGUAAAUUGACAUGAUGUUACACACUCUUGUACAGUAGGUGGCAGUAUGCACCUUAAAGUUGUUUGCGAUCCGCCAGUAAACCGAGAGAACAAGAAGAUCAGCACUUGUUUCCAUCUCCAGUCGGACAUAUUAUUUCAGAGCACAAUAUACAGAAUCAGCAUGGAGGAGAGUGCACAGCGAAUAUUGGAGUAUUUGACGGAGGUAGAGGUUGCGGCAGAAGAUAUACUUACUGACAAACAACAGAUUGUGGAUCUGGACCUGCGGAGAAACCGGAAUCGAGAGGCACUCAACGCUUUACGCAACCAUUCAACAAACGGCAAUGUUAAGGUGUGUUUUGGAAAUAUGUUCAUCAAAUUUCCCCAAGAGAACACCAGAUCCAUGAUCCUUAAAGACCAAGAGCAGCUUGACAAGGAAAUAAACGACAUCCGCAAACGUCUAAAAGCAAAAGUAAAUCGCCUCAAUGAGAUACAAGGUAAGCCUGAACUGAGAGGAUACAAUCUUGCCCCUUUGAGCAAUGACGAGAUUAAGGCAAUUAACAGUGUCCUUAAGAAAUGAUAUUUACUGACUCCUCAGUCUGUGCUGACUCUGAGGGGAACACAUACUUGGACUGAACUGUUGUGUGCAUUGGAACUCUGCAGUGUCUGCAAAUAGCCUAUGAUGUUGCAAACUCAAAAGGACUAAACAAGUAUUUUUUUCUUGUGUUUCAUAAGGAAGGCUUUAAUAAUGUGAAAGCUUACACAUACUGACUUUAUUGAUCAGUGCCUACCUGCUUUUUGUGGUCAAUUAUAUAUAUAUAUAUAUAUAUAUAUAUAUAUAUAUAUAUAUAUA